AUGAAAAUUCAAUUAGAAGAACUUCAAAAAAAAACUAAAAAUCAUGAAAUUGAAAACAAAGAAUUGAAAACUAAAAAUGAAAAUCUCAAAAUUGAAAAUGAAGAAUUAAAAUCCAAAUUUAAUAAAACGGAUGAAGAAACAGAUGAAGAAAUGGAUGAAGAAAUGAGUGAAGAUAUUAAAAAAGUCGAAGAAAUAAUUGAUGAUAAUGAUGAUAU